GUCUCGAGUCUCUCAGCCCUGUGUGUGUGUGUGUGUGCGCGCGUGCGUGCGUGUUGCUCGGUUUAGUAAACUGAAGAACACGGGUGCGUUCUUAAAGUAAUGAACUCCUCCAGCAACAUGAACAGUGAGCGUGUUGUUCGCUUCCAGAGGACUUCACAAAUAUCAGAGAGACACUAGUAUGAAGUAUCGGAAGCAGAUCGGCUGAAGAGUUGCUGAACAAAGAGCUGAAGUCGGAGAGGAGGUGUAAUGGCUACCCGGGCACAGAGGAGACUCGCUCCGAGCAUGAAGCGCGAGCAGCACGACGACGACUCCGACACCGAGGAGACACACCUCGGGCUCGGACUGAAGAAACCCGACGGUCGAGAGCCGCAGAUCAUCCACAGCGGUCAUUUCAUGGUUUCCACUCCUCACAUCGAGCAUCCGCCGAAGAAAGGCUACGACUUCGACACCGUGAAUAAACAAACUUGUCAGACUUAUCACUUCGGCAAGGCGAGCGCAUCCCAUCUCUCCAUCGACGCGUCUCUCACCAAACUUUUCGAGUGUAUGACCCUCGCGUACAGUGGGAGAUUGGUGUCCCCAAAAUGGAAGAACUUCAAAGGCUUGAAACUUCUUUGGAGGGACAAGAUUCGCCUGAACAAUGCCAUCUGGAGGGCUUGGUACAUUCAGUAUGUGGAGAAACGAGAGAACCCAGUCUGCCAUUUCGUUACGCCUUUGGAUGGGACCAUGGAUUCAGGAGUCCAUCGACCUGCAGAGGCAAUAGCUACAGAAGGAAAAUACUGGAAGAGAAGAAUCGAAAUUGUUCUCAGAGAGUACCAUAAAUGGAGGACGUACUUCAAGAAAAGGUUACAGAAGCACAAAGAUGAUGAUCUUUCCAGCCUACUCAAGGGGGCAGAGGAGCAGUUCUCACUUUUUGGCGAAGUGCAUCCCGACAUCCUCCGUAUGCCCUUCUACCAGGAAGACGAGGCAGCGGGAUUCACCCGCCGCAGCUCUCGCAGGAGCUGCAACUCUCCCACCCCAAUGGAGAUGGACCCCAUCUUCGACAUGGAUGUGCUCAUGUCCGAGUUCUCAGACACGCUCUUCUCUACGCUUUCUUCUCACCAGCCUGUCCCUUGGCCUAAUCCCAGAGAGAUCGCACAUGCAGGUAACGCAGACAUGAUCCAGCCUGGCCUCAUCCCACUGCAGCCCAACUUGGACUUCAUGGACACUUUCGAGCCUCUUCAAGAUCUGUUUCACUCCCUGCGUCAACCCUUCUACCCCACAACCUCACCCACUGCCCCAACCGCCACUCCCUUAUCCAGCAGCAGUAGCAGCACCCAAACGCAGGCUUCACUGUUAUCUCCAAUUAACUUGCAAUCAGAACUGUCCAUCUCAUUGGCCCCAAGUCCUCCUUCAAUACCCAGUCAAGACAAUAUAAGCUCCGUAGGCACUGCAUACCAACAGGACUACCUGCCACUUUUCACAGAACAAAUGCCACCCUUGGUCGCCUCAACCCCUGUCAUGCCACCCCCGGCCCCUCGGCCUCCUCCGCCCUCUCACUCACUGCAGUGCCAGGCUGUUGGCACUGUCCCUAGAAGCUCAUCUCCAUCCACAGUCACGCACGCUGGCUCUUCCUCAGUGACACCCAGCGCCACUGCCACGCACAGGUCAACCUUUGCCCUUUCACCCAGGCCUUCUCGUCAAGAUCAGGCUCUCCCAUGUAUCUCUUUGCCCCCCCAAUCUCAGAGCUUUGCCCUGCCACGACCCAUCCAGCCUGCUGGCUCUGCUAAAAAGAGCCGCCACGUGCCCAUAGUCCCUGCUACUUCAGUUGCAUCAUCUCACCUCAUUCUGACAGGACCUGCGGGUGCGGUUCUCGUCACUCCGUCCCACCUUAAAACCGACGUUGCUUCUACUACAGGAGUGGUCAUCACUUCCGCCGGUAUUCCACGCGGGCCUGGCUUCCACAUUCUCCCCCCAAGUCAGAGUUCCGCUCAGCACAUUGUGCCUAAAGAGGAAGCCACCUUAUCUAGCAAUAAGAGCUCAGUUCCAGCAACUUGUGCAGCAUUAGAUGGGCGAACUUCGGGUCAAGGCUCACCGUUGGGUGCAGAGCAGGUUCCGAGCCCACAGUCUCCACUCAGCAGCUGCACCUCAGGCCUGGUCAAGAACGAGCCCAAUCAGAAUCGUCGCGUGAAACACAAAUCGGCGGAGCAGAAAAGGCGAUCCAACAUCAACGUCGGCUUCAAGACGCUGUGCAGCCUCGUUCCCUCUCUCAAAUCACAAACAAAUAUCAGUAAUGCUACAACCCUUCAGAAGACGGUGGACUACAUCGGAAAACUGCAGCAGGAGAGGCACCAAAUUCAGGAGGAGACUAGGAGACUGCGGGAGGAAAUCGAGGAACUCAACGCGUCCAUAAAUUUAUGCCAGGAACAACUUCCAGCCACAGGAGUCCCCAUUACACGCUACCGAUUUGAUCACAUGAAGGAGAAGUUUGAUGAGUAUGUGAAGAACAGGACUCUGCAGAACUGGAAGUUUUGGAUCUUUAGCAUCAUCAUUAAGCCUCUGUUUGAGUCCUUCAAUGGGAAUGUGUCGACCACCAACAAGACCGCGCUGUGUGAGACCACCAUGCAGUGGCUGGACCGAGACUGUGCGCUGCCCGUCCUCAGGCCCAUGGUUUUAGGGACGCUGAGACAGCUAAGCACCACCACCUCCAUCUUGACCGACCCAACACUCCUUCCAGACGAAGCAAAGCAGGCCGUUGUCAACUCCAGACACCACUCCACCAAGUCCUAGCUCCUUACUUGCUUUCAAAUCAUGGAUAUUUGACACAAAGGCCUUGCAGUUCUGUUGGACAUACUCAAGAGACUCAAAAGGACAUUCAUGUGCACUCUGCUUAAGUGAUAUUUCUCUACAGUCAAGUAAAUCCUGAUAAAAACACUAGAGGAGUGUUCUUCCUUGCCAUCCUCAGUGCUUUUAUAGCAAUCAGACAGAACCAUAGUUUUGUUUUUGAACAGUGUUAAAAGGGCUGCUAUAGACAUAAUGGAUUUUGCCUUAACAGAAUCUACCAGUUGUUAGACAAAUCAAAGGCAAAGCUCUUCGGUUUGUAAUCCUGAAAACGAAUCCUUUUAUCCAAAGUGAUUUUACAUUUGAAAGGAUUUAAUGCAAGCAGUUUGAGAGUUAAGUUCCGGGCUCAAACACGGCUGUCUUCCAGUCCAAGGAUUUGAACUCUCAAUCUUCCGCUUGGCCUUGCAGUUGAUUUUGAAAGUGUUUGUUGCACUACACCUUUACAGGAAUGUGUCCAUUUCAAGCCUUAUAGAAGACUCGGUUUAAGCACUAUUAUAACAGGGCUAGUUUUUCUUUUCCUGGACAUGCAGCCUUUUCUGUCUUCCAGCUAUGAGAUGUCUCCUACGAUUAAGCACCUUUGUGUCUUCUUCUGUAUUUUAAAGCAUCAGUCGUGUAAGAUUUGUUCUGGUUUGCCUGUUCACAAAAGGUAAGCAUUAUAUACAGCAGGGCUAUGAGUAAACAUGCUAAAAUAAUAUGUAUUAUCAUAUGUAUGGUCUUCAUAUUUUUUAUUUGUUUGUUAUAGUCAUAAUUCCAAGACUAUUGGGUGCCGCAAUGCUGUUUACUGCUGAAUUGAGUGUGUUGGAAUUUUCUAGACUUCCAAUAUGAAUGUCUUACAGUGGUACACUCCUAUAUCAUGUGUAGCAGCGUUGAAUUGCAUUUGCUCCUCAGGUGUUUCCAUAACUAGCUGAAUUGUUAGCUCGAAAUGUAUGGGUCAAAAAAUCGGUUGCAUUCUGGGGAAAAAAAUGUUUGCUUGAGGUGUGUGUGUGUGUGUGUGUGUGUGUGUGUGUGUGAACCUGUAGUUUCUUUAGUAUUUGGUUUACAGGUUCUUCACAGUGGAAUUCAUUUGAAAAUAAUAAUAAUAAAAAAAACAUACAGAAA